CAUAGAUGGUUUUACGAAGUUCGUUAGACUUUAUACAACAAAGACAACAAGCACAAAAGAAGUAAUUAAAGCUUUAUCCGAUUAUUUUAGGGCGUAUAGCAAACCAAAAUGUAUAGUUUCAGAUAGAGGCAGUUGUUUUACAUCUAAUGAAUUUAGUGAAUUUUUAACAGAAACAAACAUCAAACAUUUGAAAAUAGCGACAGGUUCUCCACAAGCAAAUGGACAAGUGGAACGCAUAAACAGGAGCAUAGGGCCCAUGAUAGCCAAAUUAACGGAGCCUGAAAAUAAUGUACAUUGGGAUAAUGUAAUCAAGCAAGUUGAACAUGCACUUAAUAACACUGUACACAGAAGUAUAAGACAAAUUCCUAGCAAAAUGCUGUUUGGUGUAGAGCAGAGAGGUCAGAUUAUUGAUGAACUUAGGGAUAAGUUAGAAGAAAUUAACAACACAGCUCAAGUAGAGAAUUUGGAUGAGAUUCGAAAACUGGCAAUGGAGAAACAAAUACAAGCGCAGAAAUACAAUGAAACAUAUUAUGAUAAGACAAAGAAAACGCCAAAGGAUUACACGAAAGGAGAUUUUGACAACACUGCGGGAGUUGCUAGGAAGUUGAUCCCAAAAAACAAAGGCCCAUAUACAAUUGCUAAAGUGCUUCGCAAUGACAGGUUCUUACUAAAGGAUGUUGAAGGUUUUCAAGUGUCUCGAAAUCCAUACAAGGGUGUAUGGAGUGCUCAAAACAUAAGACCCUGGAUAGGAAAACGAAAAAAAUAAAUGAAGAAAAUACAUGUAACUAAACACUGUCUUAGUAUAAGAUAGAUAUAAGAGUAAUUUGUCAAAAUUGUUUCCAAAAGGAACCAGGAUCAGGGGAUCCGUAUUACAGGAUGGCCGAAUUGUAGUAGGCUCGUACACACACUAACACACAUAUAUUAUUAUACCGAUACUUACACAAUACAAAUAAUUAUAAAACACCAAUAUACGAUACUUAUGUUAAAAGUUAUGUUAAACCUAUGUUAAGUAACAUGAA